GGCGCAUUUGUAGUAUUACUAGUCCUGUAAUCCUACUUGGUCACCUGGUUUUAACGCGCUCUCCUAGGGCCUCACCCGCAUCGAAAGGUAAUCGUGCCAGUGACCGUCACGGUCUGGGCGGUCUGCUGAGUGCCCAAACCGCAGCUCUGCGCGAGAUCUCCACCGCCUGCUAGUGCAUCGCGAUCUUUGCGCCCAACGAUCUAUGACACUACGAGGGCUCGAGAUGACCGCAAAGUUUGUCGCGCGCGCGCGCGCGGCGUUGCGCCGUCAUCGCGCGCAUCAUCACGCGUAGCUUCUCUUGUCAUGAUGCACCCUCGUGUACGCCACAAACACGUGGACUACAGGACAGGCGAAGUGUCUCUGACAGCUUCGAAGAGAGGCGCACGCGAGCUAGUUUACUUCACGCGAGCCUGAGGUCGAGAUGGCCGUGCCCCUUUUUCAUUUCAGGCCGAUUAUGUGCGCGUGCGUGUGAUGGGGCGCGGUUCGCCUGCUAUGUACCUGCUAAUAUAUUGGACUUUUAGUAAGAAUAAGAAUUGGUCAUUUUUUGCACAUGUGCCCCCUCUGGCAAAACCGAAAUGAAUAUAGCUAUUUCCUGGACAUUUUAUAGUAAAAAAGGGGUUCCCGAGCAACCAAGCGGUCUGCGCAGUCCCCACGAUCCCUUCGAAGCUCCACGCCAACAGGUUUGGGUCGUGGAGCCCGUUUCGCACUUCGCGUAUCGGUGGUCGACGCACCUCGUUUGACGCCCGCGUUUACGGUCAAACUUCAUCGCAUCCCAAAUUCCUUGCGGUGAGCCGUUCGUGGGUUCUGGGUGAAGGUCAUUUCGAAAGACGGUCAUGGUACGACGUCAUGCGGCGACGCACGGCGGAGGGUGCGUGCUGAUGGGGCAGUGCCGUGUGGCGCCGCGGGCGCCCGUCUGCUGCUAAAAAAUGGUCGAGACCCUGGCCGUGGAGCGCUCACAAAAUGACGGGACGGAAGGCAGCCCAAGCGCGCUAAUGGUCAAUAUGGUCGAUGGUCCGAGCUGCCAAUCUGAACCAUCGACCAUCGACGAAGCUGCCCCGCGCGGCCGAGGGCGUCCCACUAGACCUCGACGAGUGCGGCGGGCGAGCACUAGUCCGUCGACGGCUCGAAAAUGGGCCUACGGGCGGCUGCCCUGCGCGGCCUUCCGCGCGGUGGCGUGGCGCGCGAGGGCGCCCGUAGGCCGUCGACCUCUUUUUGGUCGCGGAGCUAGCCGCCGCCGCAAACGGGGCCGUCGUCAGCGAGAACGGGCCAUGGUCGCCAUGGGAGACUCUUUGCCUUCACGCAUGGGGUGGCGACCAAACGGCGGGACUUGUGGCUAGUGAAUGAACAGCGGGACGGAGCAUAAGCGCAUAGAUUUCGGAUUACAAGGAUGCAGGCCGCUUUGUCACUGCUGGAGGCUCAGCGUAUACAGACCGGGCACGCCAUUGUGAUCGACGCCUGGUGUCGCCGGUUGGUGACGGCAAUACCCCGCAUAAGUUACAACGCGCGGGUUGCACUUCUUGAGGCAUCCUGGUCGCACUCACAUGUGCCCGAGCUUCGGGUUGUAUCACUUGCUCUUCUCGAGACGUGGCCAGGACGUAUACCCAGUGUUCUGGCCGAGGCUCUCCACAGGUUGUCCGAAGAUGCUUUCAGAAAGUUGCCAAAACUUGUGCGUUGGAAGUCUCCAUCUGCGUGCAUCCUAAAUGCUCAAUGAAGUCUUUUGAACGUGUAGGUGUUGCGUAACAAUCUCUGCGCGUUUUCGUAUCAUGCUGGCAUCCUAUGCUGAGCGUUGGUUUUCUAAUGUCGCACCUAGUGCAAGCAGAAGCCUAGCAGUGAGUGGUGAUUCCCGGCUAAUGAAGGGGGGAUGCACUGUGCGUCGGGCAUUAGAUCCAUCCCUCUAUUUGGUUCUUUACGAGUUGAUUGGCCACAGCAAGGGGAUUCUUUUUGCAGCCUUCGUGGAAGUAAUAUGGCGUGGUGUGAGGUACGACUUUUUGAACCAUCGAGUCUCGCUCUACCCUAUUUUGUUUAUUGAUAUUCUGCUUGGUUUAAAGCCUCAAACUACUGGUGGUGUGAGGCGCAUCGCUGCCAUUCUGGACAGUGUGGCAAUGAACGGCAAUUGGGAUGACGCAUCUUUGACCCGCCUGAUAUCCAGAAUGAAGCAUAUGAUUGAUGCGAACAGCUCCGUACCACCUUGCGACAUUCGAGAGGUUCUUGAAGAAUGUUGGAAACAAUUACAGGAAGCAGACUCAACCGACUUAUUUGCCUUUCCCGUCACUGACGCUAUUGUCGUAUUCACUGUCUGCAAGUAUAUAAACUAAAAUUGCUCAUUUAUAGGCACCUGGCUAUUCAAAAAAAAUUAAAGAACCUAUGGACCUCAGCACCAUGCGAUCAAAGAUCCUGCGUGUUCACGCGCCCUACAGAUCAAUUGGCGCUUUUGAGUGCGAUAUCAAACUUAUGGUGGAGAACUGUAGGGUUUAUAAUGGCCCGAACUCAAUCUUGGCGCGGAGCCUCGGAGCAGUUUGUAUUCUUGAUUUUGUUUGUUGAAUGGCUUCCAUAGGCACGCAAAGCACGUGCGCUGUGGAAGGCCUGGCUUCAAAUCAAAGCAUCCUUUCAGGAUCCUCGUGAAGUUUCCGAGCAGGGUGUCCAUGUUCGUACAAAUGAUUCUCUGACUAUGACCAAAACGAUUCAUCUUGCUCUUGCACUAGUACUUAUUGAACCCUGUUCAUUUGCUAUUGCAAGUGCACAGCUCCGUGAGGAACUAGAGGCAUGCAUAAAACUCCACAUGCUUCCAAAUCAGCGGCCUCGACUUCCCAAGCUAAAUUACGUUGUUGCUUUUCAUUCAAUUUCGAGGCAUGCGAUUGGUCUGAGCACAACCGAAGAGAGCAUGAUUGACAUGCCAAAGCUGCUUGAGUCCCAAUGGAUACAAAACAGAAAACUGCUUGGCUGAAAUACUUGCUCGUUUGCAGUCUUUACAGCCUGUGUGAAACUAAGAAACUGUCGUGGUUUGGCGAGCUAGGAAACACCAGGCGAAACACGCAGCGGCGGAGGACGACGCUUCUGACCAACUAUUUGUUGACCAACUAUUUGGAACUCUUUCUCGCACCUGAGCUCGAGGUGUUCGUGACCUGAGCUAGAGGGUAAGGUUCCAACACCAUUCGGGUCGCUGUUAGGAGCUCUUUAAGGAGUACUAGUAA